UACUGGACUUCGGGUCCCUGGAGCGCUGUCCCUGGCCGCCAUGGGCUCGGAGAUGGAUCCGCUGCUCCAGGCCUGGAGCUAUUUUAGACGCAGGAAGUUCCAGCUCUGCGCCGAUCUGUGCACGCAGAUGCUGGAGAAGUCCCCUUAUGACCAGGCUUCUCCUUCCUACUAUUACUACAUUCCGAAUAGCAAUGCUUCAGUUUAAGAUCUGGAUGGGCUCAUCAGCCAGAGCAGCUUGGAUUUUGAAAGCACGAGCAUUGACUGAAAUGGUGUACGUAGAUGAAAUUGAUGUAGAUCAGGAAGGGAUUGCAGAAAUGAUUCUGGAUGAAAAUGCUAUUGCCCAAGUUCCACGUCCUGGCACAUCUCUGAAGCUCCCUGGAACUAGCCAGAUAGGAGGACCAAGUCAAGCUAUCAGGCCAAUCACUCAAGCUGGAAGACCCAUUACGGGUUUCAUCAGACCCAGCACCCAGAGUGGGAGGCCUGGUACAAUGGAACAGGCCAUCAGAACCCCCAGAACUGCCUACACAGCACGGCCCAUCACUAGCUCAUCUGGAAGAUUUGUCAGACUCGGGACGGCUUCCAUGCUUACAAGUCCUGAUGGACCAUUUAUAAAUUUAUCUAGACUGAAUUUAAUAAAAUAUUCCCAGAAACCUAAGUUAGCAAAGGCUUUAUUUGAAUAUAUUUUUCACCAUGAAAAUGAUGUUAAGAUGGCUUUAGAUUUGGCGUCCCUUUCCACGGAGCACUCUCAGUACAAGGACUGGUGGUGGAAAGUCCAGAUUGGAAAAUGUUACUACAGGUUAGGAAUGUACCGUGAAGCAGAAAAACAGUUUAAAUCAGCCCUGAAGCAGCAGGAAAUGGUAGAUACAUUUCUCUAUCUGGCAAAAGUUUAUAUUAUAUUGGAUCAGCCUGUGACUGCUUUAAAUCUAUUCAAACAAGGCUUAGAUAAGUUUCCAGGAGAGGUGACCCUGCUUUGUGGAAUUGCCAGGAUCUAUGAGGAAAUGAACAAUAGUUCAUCAGCAGCAGAAUACUACAAAGAAGUUCUGAAACAAGACAAUACUCACGUGGAAGCCAUCGCCUGCAUUGGAAGUAAUCACUUUUAUUCUGACCAGCCAGAGGUUGCACUCCGGUUUUACAGGCGCCUCUUGCAGAUGGGAGUCUAUAACUGCCAGCUUUUCAAUAACCUGGGGCUGUGCUGCUUCUACGCCCAGCAGUACGACAUGACUCUGACUUCAUUUGAACGUGCCCUUUCCCUGGCCGAAAAUGAAGAGGAGGCAGCUGAUGUCUGGUACAACCUGGGGCACAUAGCUGUGGGAAUAGGAGAUACAAACCUAGCCCAUCAGUGCUUCAGGCUGGCCCUGGUCCACAACAACCACCAUGCCGAGGCCUACAACAACCUAGCCGUGCUAGAGAUGCGGAAGGGCCACAUUGAACAGGCACGGGCACUGUUACAAACAGCAUCUUCUUUAGCACCCCAUAUGUAUGAGCCACAUUUUAAUUUUGCAACAGUCUCUGAUAAGAUCGGAGAUCUUCAGAGAAGCUAUGUUGCUGCUCAGAAGUCAGAAGCAGCGUUUCCUGAACAUGUGGACACACAGCACCUAAUUAAGCAGUUAAAGCUGCACUUUGCUAUGCUCUGAUCAGUCUCUAGAUCAAAUGUGCAGGAAGGGUCAGCACACAGAGAGGAAAUGUGCUAUACACAUUUGUAUCAACAGUGUGAUACAGACCCUAUGAGGUCUGUAUCAUAAGACUGUAAACCAGAACCUAUUAUAAGAACUUUGUUGUUUUAAAAGGUAAUAGUGUAAAAACAGGAUUUAAGCAUUUCCUAGUUUUGUUUUAUCAAUUAAAAACACUUAUUUUUAAAUACAACAUUUUCUAACAAGUAUGUCAUGUAUGUUGGGUGCCAUACCCUCCUCCUCCCGUUAGUUCCCUUUGUCUCGCAGACAGUUUCAUGGCCACUCUCAUGACAUCUGUAUGUACAUGGCUUUAGCUAUCUAAGUAAAAUCUAGAAACCACACAUUAGAGAAAACAUACAAUAUUUGUUUUUCUGAGAACAACUCAGUUAGUUUUGUGUGUGUGUGUGUGUGUGUGUGUGUGUGUGUGUGUGUAAGACAGAGUCUCUUACUAUAGUAGUCUAGGUUGGCCUUGAACUUAUGAUCCCAGCCUCCUGAGUGCUGGGGUUACAGACAAGGGCCACCGGCAAGCUGGUUUCAGCAUUUCUAACCAGAUGAUAAAGCCCCUUUUACACUGUAUGGUAGAUAUUUGUACAUAGUUGUUAAGCAGCAUAAUGAACCUCGAUUUUUUUUUAUAAAUGUGUAUCUUAAAAAUCUUUAAGCAUUAGCUAUCAUAAAAACUCAGGAGGUUGGAAAUCUGCUUUAAAUUUUUUAUUUUCAUGGCUAAUAACGUGUGUAUUUAUUAUGAGUGCUUUAAUUGAAGCUUUAAAUUUUGUAUUCUAAACU